GCUCCACUCUCAUCCAUUAGUGGCUUUGUGGACAACAACUAAAGAGAGGGAAGAAGGCGGAUUACAGACUUUUAAGAAUAACAAAGAGGAUAACAACCAACCUAAAGACAAAGUAAUAAGGAAGAAGAAGAAAAAAGAAAGUUAAUACACUUGAAGGAAUCUUCCCAGCAGGCUGAAGAGACUUAACUUUGUCUGCAAGUGAAUGAACUUAAACCAGCGUGACUGAGAGAGCUGGGAACACGGAUCUGUUUCUACCCAAAGCGAAGGAGCUGGAAGGCACCAUGGCCGACAACGUGAACGAGGAGUCAGACUAUGUCCCUGGGAAAGAUGAGCUGGACUGGGGCUACGAGGAAGGUGUAGAAUGGGGACUCCAUUUCCCAGCAGCCAACGGCGAGUACCAGUCUCCGAUUAAUCUCAACUCAAGGGAAGCGCAGUAUGACCCCUCCCUCCUGGAUGCUGGCUUAACACCAAACUACGUGGUGUGUCGAGACUGUGAAGUCAUCAACGACGGGCACACUGUCCACAUCCUUCUCAAGUCGAAGUCAGUGGUUACUGGGGGUCCAUUGCCUAGUGAUCAUGAGUACGAGCUUCACGAGGUUCGAUUCCACUGGGGCAAAGAAAACCAGAGAGGAUCAGAGCACACCGUCAACUUCAAGGCUUUCCCUAUGGAGCUCCAUCUGAUUCACUGGAACAGCACUCUCUUUAACUCACUAGAAGAUGCUUUGGGGAAGAAGAAUGGAAUCCUCAUUAUUGCACUUUUUGUCCAGAUUGGCAAAGAGCACCUGGGUCUAAAGGCCAUCACUGAAGUCCUACAAGACCUGCAGUACAAGGGGAAGAACAAGAUAAUCCCAUGUUUUAACCCCAACACGCUCCUACCUGACCCGCUGCUGAGAGACUACUGGGUGUAUGAAGGAUCUCUGACCACACCGCCUUGUAGUGAAAAAGUGACCUGGAUACUUUUCCGCUAUCCCCUCACCAUCUCGCAGCUACAGAUCGAGGAGUUUCGGAGGUUACGGUCACACAUCAAAGGGGCGGAGCUGCUGGAAGGAAACGACGGGAUGCUGGGGGACAACUUCCGCCCCACCCAGCCGCUCAGUGACAGGAUUGUCCGCGCCGCCUUCCAGUGACUUUCACUUUCCUGUGCCAUCUCAGUGAAACUCUGGGGCCUACACAUACAAAAAUAGAAGAAGGAGAAGAAAACAGAGGAGUGGAAACGGGAAGAAAGAGGGGAAAUUAAUGUGAUAACAGAUCUAAGACAAACUAGAAGAGGAUGAAAAAGCUUUUAGUGUCACCACCUUCACUCCAGGCUUUGUGUGUGUGUGUGUGUGUGUCAGUACAUGUAAGUGCAGCCAUCGUUUUCUGUAUUGUUUCUCACUCCUCCCCGUAUUUUUGCUGUUCACAUCGACUGUUCAUGUGUGUAUUUGUUACACGUUCGGUUUGGGGCGUUAUUGUGUCUGCGUGCUGAAUGUGUGUUGUGACUAAAUGAUGAGGAGUUUCCGCAGUCGUCACAACAGGAUGAAGAAUCGUCCGCAGACGAACAAGAAGCCUGAAAAACACACACUGGGAUACAGUCUCACACACUAACCUGUCAUGUUCUCCAUAUUUUAAUACUCCACUUAAAAUAAUACUAUUAUCAUUCUUAUGAGAUGAAUAUUAAUAAACUUAAAUAUAUAUUAAAAAACUGUUUCAAACGGAAACUGUGAAUAAAUGGCUUCUGAAGUUCUAUGUUCCAGCUCAUUUUCCUUCUUCUGGCAGUGAAUUCAACAUCACUUUCAUCUUUUAAAAUACAAGUGAAAUAAAAAUGAUUGCUUUCAAAUUAACAUAUGAAAACAAUAUGUGGUUGUUUUAAGGUACUAUACAUCAAAUGGAGCUGGUACGAUUUAUAGGAAUGAUGACUGUGACUGGAAAGAAACAAUAAACUACAACUUACUAAAAAAAAAAAAAAAAAAGAGUCUGUACAUGGCCCCCCAAAAAGAGCAUCUUACAUGCCAUUCACAAAGCAAACACAUCUAAUGACAUCCAGAUGGAAACUGGCCAAUCAAGUUAAACAGACAUGGGAAAUACGUUUUUUCUUUAGCGUUAGAGACCAGUUGUUGUCUUUUGACUCACAGCGAGCUUCAGGUGCUGAUAUCAAGACUGUAAGAACUACAGGAGUCCGAUUUGGGGAAGGGUUCCUAAAUCAAUUGCUAGUUUGGAUGUUUGUAACCCUAUAAGUCCUAAACUUAGCGGCGACGAUCCAGCCAAAUUUAUGGUACCGUAAUUUCGCCACACUUUGCGCUAUCUGAAAAAUUCCAACGUUUUUUAAAAUGGGAAACGUUGCUCUUUCCAGCCAUUACGGUAAUUUUACUCCUGUCCUUGGCAGGGAAAUUAAUCAGAGGGGGACUCUUUUUUAAUAGGCGGUAAAUUACGAAAAUGCUAGAUAUGGAAAGUUCCAGUUGUUAUGGAUAAAUGGGCAAAUAUAUUUACUCACAGGACAUUUAAAGAACUGCGUACAAUUAAAAUAAACAAAAAAUAUCCAGGCGGUGGUUUUAAAUUUAGGACAUAAAGGGUUGCAUUUGUAAAAAAAAACAAAACAAAUGAAUACUUUCUGUAUUUCACUGUUUAACUUGAAAAAAGUGUUAAAAUCAAGUCAAAUUGUUUUUUAUUAUAUGGAGUCUAUAUGAAUGUGUACUGCACAAAGUUUUGGUUUAUUGUCAGAAUAAAAAUGAAACUUGUGCAUUCUUGA